GUGCGCAGCCUACGGCUGCAGGACAGGUCCGGGACAGGGGAAAAAGCUCCACCAUUUCCCCCGUGAACGAAGCCGGAGAAGAUUAUGGGAGCAGAAGGUUAAAAGGAAGAACUGGGUGGCAAGUGAUUUCUCCCUAUUAUGUGAGGAAACAUAACCCGUUACUCAAAAUACCGCCAUCUUGGACAUCGCGCAAUGCAUUGUGGGCUUUCGCCGAAGCCCUGUAGCUCUGCCUCUGGGAUUGAAAGAGUCCACCGCAAUCGACAGCAACAAGUGUUCGCAGCGGGAGUUUCGGUUAUUUGAAAUAAUUUUCAUUCAUAACAAUGGGUGGAUCCAAUCGAUGUACUGUGCACGGAUGUAGCAAUGAUCGCCGAUAUAAAUCCAAGUGGAUAAUCAAAGAUCAUGUUCCUGAGCUCAGGUUCCACCUAUGCCCCCCCAAAUGGCGCCAUCUGUGGGUGAAGCUCAUCAACAGAAACAAACUAACCAAGAUCAGUGAUUACAUCAGAAUCUGCAGCAAUCAUUUUGUACUGGGCAAACCAAUUGGAAAACAGCCCCAUCCAUGCCUGUACAUGAGGGGGUAUUCAGACAAGGAUAGCCACAGUGACAACAUUGAGAUUCAAAGAAUCAUUCGCAACUGGUUUCUGGAUAAUGAUGAAAACACAUAUCUGACUACAAGGCGUGGGAAGGUGAAGAGAAAGAGUGCUGAGGACAUUCCCACAAAAAAGAGAAGAAGAGGCCUCAAGGAUGAAGCUUCCAGUGAGUCCCCAGGACCCAAUGUGGAUAGCUUGACGCGCUGUCUUCCCAAUCAUCUUGGAGGACGUCAGGAUCAGGACCACUUUGAUGAAACUCAGUAUGAGAGGGCCAGAGCUGAUGGCCUGAGGAAGCUCAAACCGAAUGCUGUCCCAACGCAGUUCACGUUCACACCACGGCCCCUUGAGAGAUGCACCAGGUGCUGCAAGAGACGAGACCAACCAUGUCUUGGUAGAAAGGAACACGUACAGCUCGACCAUUCGUAUUGUUCUACAGAAUGUCCUACGUCCCCUAAAGUUAAAACAGAUAUCAAAGAUGGUCUGACGGACAAUGUGUGCACUGACGGGGCUGUGAGCGGGGACACGGCCAGCGGGGACAAACAGUUGAACAUCUCGAAAAACCAGUGUGUCGAGGAACUCCGCGCGGAAGUCGCAAGGCUUCGACGACAGAUGGAGGAGAACGCCGUCAACAGCAGGUUCUGCUUGGAGCGUUUUUCUGCGUCUGAUGAGGACAUCCAAUUCUAUACAAGAUUUGCAAGUCAUGCCCACUUCAUAGCCUUUUGGAGACAAAUAGAGCCGGCCGCCAACAAGAUGGUACAGGUUACAAGACCAUGCUGCAUUGGUCUGACUAACCAGGUCCCCCACGCUGCAAGUGCAAUGAUUCUUCAACCCGUCGAUGAGUUUUUCCUUUUCAUGAACUACUUGUCAUUGGGUCUGAAGCUGAAGGGUUUGGCCCAACGAUUCAGGGUUCCCCGCUCGGCCGUGAGCCGGAUCGUAAACACGUGGGCUGACUUCCUUUACGCUGUACUAGGAGCUGUGGGUAUUUGGAUGGACGAGGAGACGGUCAGAGCUCACCUUCCAGACGUGUUCCAGGAUUACUCCGACACCCAGAUCAUUUUAGACUGUGUAGGACUCCGUUGCCAAAAAAGACGUUCUCUUCUCCUUCAGAGCGAGGUGCUUUCUAGUCGUAAAUCCCACUGUACGUUUAAAGGGUUGAUCGGUUUGGCCCCUCACGGCGCCGUGACAUUCGUGUCGUCUCUCUACGAGGGCGCCAUUAGUGACAAAGGGAUCUUAAAGCAGUCUGGAAUAGUGCCGCUCCUGAAUCCGUCUAUGGCCGUCAUGGUGGACGAGGGCUUCCUCGUGGGAGACUGUUUACCCUGCAGAGUCCACAUCCCUUCCUUCCCGUCUAAGAGGACACCGCUGUCUGGGUCAGAGGUCAUAAAGACUCACGUUGAGCGUCUCAUUCGCAGGGUGAAGGAGCAUAAAAUAUUCAGCACGGUGAUUCCACUGUCGCUCACAGCCAGCAUCAACCAGCUCUACACGGUUGCCUGUCUGUUAGUCAACUAUGAACACGGGCCCUUGGUUAAAGCGUGAGCGAGCUAAUGCUAAUCUCUAUGCAGAGAGACAGGUGGUAAUGUAUCGUAAAUAAUGAAUCAUCAGAAUCAGAAUAUGCGCUCGUUGACCGUCUUUUUUGUCGUGACCUGUGAAUAUGUUGCCGUACAAAUACGUGCGUUGCUCUCAGUGGGAGCCACAGUCGUAACUCCACAGAACUUGUCCCAUUUAAGUUCCAUUUUGUCAACUGUAUUUGACACAGCCUCAAAA